GAACAUCUCCUUCCCACUUCUCCCAUGGAUGCUCUCUUUGUCAAUUCAUCUCUCUCCCGACUCAAACUCAAAUUCUCUUCUCAAUUCCCUACCUUCUCUCCCCUGCCCCAUCAGUCUUAUCUCCCACUUAAAAAACUGAAUAGUAGUAAUAAUUUACCACUUGUAUUUGCCACGCUUCAGAACCAGCAGCAACAAGCAGCAGCAGUAGCAGAAGAAGGACGAGAAGAAUUUGAAGAUUACGAUGCCGACGAAACGUAUGGAGAAGUUAACAAAAUCAUUGGGAGUCGAGCAAUUGAAGGUGGGAAAGGAAUGGAGUAUUUGAUUGAGUGGAAAGAUGAACAUGCCCCUACCUGGGUUCCCUCUAAUUUCAUCGCUCAAGACGUUGUCGCUGAGUACGAAACCCCUUGGUGGAACGCGGCGAAAAAGCCCGACGAAUCGGCUCUUCGGCAACUUAUCGAAGCUGAGGACGGCAGGGAUGUGGAUGCUGUUGAUGACGAUGGACGAACAGCUUUUCUCUUUGUAUCGGGACUCGGGUCGGAGCCUUGCGUCAAGCUGCUUGCUGAAGCCGGCGCCGACGUCAAUUACCGCGAUAGGAGCGGCGGGUUGACGGCUCUGCAUAUGGCUGCCGGCUAUGUGAAGCCUGGGGUCGCUAAGCUGUUAAUUGAGCUCGGCGCAGACCCCGAGGUGCAGGAUUACAGAGGGCAGACGCCGCUGAGCUUAGCGAGGAUGGUCUUGAAUCAAACACCUAAAGGAAACCCAAUGCAAUUCGCGAGGGGAUUGGGAUUAGAGAAUGUUAUUAGGGUAUUGGAGGAUGCAAUUUUUGAGUAUGCACAAGUGGAGGAGAUAUUGGAGAAGAGAGGGAAAGGUGAAAAUGUCGAGUAUUUAGUGAAAUGGAAGGAUGGGGAGGAUAAUGAAUGGGUCAAAGCAUGGCUGAUAUCUGAGGAUUUGGUGAGAGAUUUUGAGGCUGGAUUGGAAUAUGCAGAGGCAGAGUGCAUCUUGGAGAAGAGAGAGGGCGAGGACGGGAAAGGAGAAUACUUGGUUAAAUGGACUGAUAUUGAGGAGGCUACCUGGGAACCCGAAGAAAAUGUUGACGCCCUUCUGAUAGAAGAUUUUGAAAAGGGUCAACAGAAAGUAGUAAGUUGAAUUCAUGGUUUCUCUUUUGGCUUGUAUUUUUCAUUUUCUGUGGUAAUAUAAUGCUCUUUUGUUUUAUGAA